GAAUAGACAGAUACGCGACCGAAGCCCCGUAAAGAAAAUUGCAACAACAACCUGUUCGACGUUCUAGAUCUGGCGUUUCCCAUUCAGAAACUAGCGUGUAGAAAGCGAGGCAAGCCUUCGGACCAACUUCUCUGGCUCUUACAUCACAGUUUUAAAUAAGUUCAAACGCCAGGAACUUGCGCCAAGCGACUAACACCUUCAACAGCAGUCCAGUUGUUAGCCGAAAUUGGUAGGCAAUAGAUCUGCAGCAUUUAUCGCAGAGAAAAUCGUAGUUUUUGUGUAUCGUACUGAAAUCGAAUCGAGUGAUCUUGUGUGUGUGAUUUUUUCCCCCGAAAUGAACAAGGAGUACGGAAACAGCCCUCCGCCGUACAAUGAGAGGCCACCUCCAACUGCACCACCAAGCUAUGCUGAAGCCUUGCGAGGGGUGCCCCCUUCCAGCCCUUAUGUUGCACAGAACAGUCUUACGAAAGGUCCAGAAAUAGUGACUACAGUAGUUCCUAUAGGUCCAAAUCCAACUCAUAUGAUAUGUCCACAUUGCCACGCUGAAAUUAUUACAACAACAAAAUCGAGACCAUCAGGAAUGGCCUACAUAGCUGGUGCACUCAUUUGUAUAUUGGGAUGUCCACUUGGAUGUUGCCUUAUACCGUGCUGUCUGAAGAGGUGCAGAGAUAUUCAUCACAAUUGUCCAAACUGCGACGCUUAUUUGGGAGGUUUUAUGAGAAACAAUAUCUCAUUGAGCAUUUAAAUAAAAAUCAGAAAUAAUAUUUCGUGAUUAUGUAAAUUUUUAUUAUAUUCACUUGUAUUUGAUUAGUAUCUAUAUUAACACUUCUUGCCAAUGCAAGAAAGGGAAGUUUAUCUAUCCUUUUAUUUUAUUAUAUUAUCUGUUAUCACAUUUAUACAUCAUUUUGAUUAUUUUUACCAAUUCGAAUUAACAAAAUAAUAGGUAAUAAAGUAUAUGUGAAAAAAUGUAUAAGAAAUUAAAAAAAAACAGAAAUAAAUUCAGUAUUUUAUUGAA